AUGUCGCGCGGCGCCGAGCCCGGGUGUGGUCGAAGCGCAAUGCUUACGCACAAAUGCGACCGCGGCUGCACGCGUGCGCGGCGGAGUGGAGUCCGCGGGCGAUACGACGCCGACGACGUCUGUGCUCUCGGUGCUUCUCAUUGGCGUCGUGCGAGCUCGGGCGUGCAGCACGCGCGGACGCAGCCCCCGAUCGCGAGUGUGUGUGCCCGCGCAGGGCCGUCGUUCGGGCCGCGCACGAGGACACCCACCACCACCGGACCCGCCGCGUUGUGGCUCUGCUCGUGCCCAUUCCGGCUGCGUCGCGCCGCACACCGCGUACAGCACGGGGGGCGGAGGCGGGCGACGGCCGCGAAGGCGUGUCUUCCCGCCGGCCUACACGCGCGUGGCGGAGGGGCGUGGUGGUACACAUCCACACCGUGGCUGCGUUCUCGGUCGGCGCGCGCACGUCCCCCCGUCCGACCCCCGCCCACCAACGAGCCUUCGCGGCUCGCGCGGCGUGGUAGGACGUGCGCACGCCAGGGGCGCGGGGCGAACCACACCACGCCACACUCGCGGCUUAUGCCCGGCUGCUUCGCGUUCCGCGUUCUGUCGCGCCCUCCUUCGCACGUCGCGGACGGACAUAACCAUAUAUUCGUAUAUCAGAACGGACGAGCAGGAGGUGGUGGAGAUAGCGUGCGGGCGAAGGGGGAGGCGCGGGUCGCGGGAGGCGCGCUACAUACAGCCCUCGAAGCUCGGCUGCUCAACUCUCGAGCCCGCGAGCAGAAGCGCGGGGAACGGGCGUUGCCCCCGCCCUGCGCCCGCGACCUCGCUUCCGCCCGCGCCGAUCCCGCGGGUCGCGCCACCGCGAUCUCCCACCCGCGACGAAGAGGAAGAGGAAGACGAUCUUCGCGUGUGUGGGGGGCGAAUGGCGAUCUCGGAUCAGUAGGCGCGCACUGGGCGGCGGCUGCCCCGCUGGAAGUGGCGGGUGCAAAGCGUGCGGACGCGGGCUCGGAGAACGCUCCAGACAACGGCAAUAGUGCGAACCUUGCCCACGGCGAGAAGAGUCGCACCUCGACACCGGCACAUGGGCUGGGUGGGGGUGGACGUCGAGGGUGGCCGCGAUCGGGGAAUGUCGAGGGCGCAGAGAGGGCCGGAUCUCGCAGCAUGCGACUGCCAGAGAUUGUCGACGCGCCCGGCCGCGGGAGAGCAAGCACAAACCGGGUGGGCAUUUCUCGGAGGUAUCUGCCGUGGGGAAACAAGCCUGGGCAGACCGGCCCACCGCCCGCCCCCGCCGGAGGUCGGAGGCGACUUGAGGCGACGUACCUGAGGGCCGUCUGUGCCGCCGUGCCGAUGUUUGCGUCAGUUUGUGUCCAUUUGAGCGGUGGUCGAGGAUCUUGUGGCGUCCUCCACUGGCUGCCUGCCAAAGGUAUACCGGUGGACGACGUACCGGCGUUCCGAAUCGGAGUUGUCCGCCCAAGUAGGGGGCCCCGCCGCUCUCUGGAAGGUCACCUCGCCAGUACCCCGUAUGAUAUCGGAGAGUGGGAUGGAUGUCGUGGGAAGCGCCGGGGGAAGCUCCGCUGGUGGUCCGACAGAUGGUGCAGUUCGCCGUUCGAUAGCCCUGGUGCCUCGGUGAGGUGGCAAGACUCCGAGAGUCCGAGGUCGGCUCGCGAGGUGGGCGGGGGAGAGAGCACACUUGUUGCGUAG